AUGCGGCGGCGUUCACACUUCCAGACCGGUCGUAAGCCUCUAGGUCAUCAUGGCUUCAAACUUGACGAGACGCAUGUCACUGGCCCAGUCCCCUUCCUAAAUCCCACUUCUGCACUCUACGAACCAACCCAACAGCGAGAAAACACUCAUGCAUUCCCACGAAUCGAGCGUCUAUGGCGAUCACGCGACAACAGGAAGGGCCGACAUGCGGUUCGCGUCGAUACAGAGGCCUUACCCCUUGAAAUGGGAUUGAAAGCACCGCGACUGACGCGAUCCAUUCCAGCAGUGGUCCAGAUCUUUCUCCAGAUGGUGACCUACGUCCCUUAUUGGGACGUGUCAUAUCUAGUCGCCAUGAGCUUCACUGUCGGAUCCGCGGUCUUCAUUGUCAAUGGGUUCUUCGUGUGGUUACCACUUGUGAACAAGAGGACCGAGUUUCAUGGUGAAAUUACCGUUGCGGGCGGUUGGACGGCUUUCGUCGGCGCAACUAUAUUUGAAGUCGGGGGUGUCUUGCUGCUUCUUGAAGCUUUCAACACCAAUCAUACUGGAUGUUUUGGCUGGGCACUUGAGAGCGUUCUCGAGAAGACUAUCGAGGAUGGGAUUUCUCAUCGUGCGGUGAAUGAGCUCAGGCCGGUGGCCUCGAAAUGUGAGCAUCAUCAUGCGAACCGGAAGUCGUUUCUCCGGGAAAAUCACUAUCAUGCCAGUGACAACGCCCACUCUCAGCGGGAUAAAACUGGUUUUGUCACUUCAUCGACAGAUGGUAGGUUAUUCCGAUGGAUUCCGUCGAUGUCGGAAUUGCGCACGCAUUUCUUUCAUGAAAUUGGCUUUUUAUCUUCUUUUAUCUUGUUUGUAAGUGCAACGAUCUUCUGGGUUGGUGCAAUUGUUGGCAUUCCUUGUAUCUUUAACCACAUGAGUAAGGGGCUCAUUUAUGGCCUCUACUGGGGUACCACGACUCUUGGUGGGGUGGGAUUCACUCUGAGUUCACUUUUGUCCAUGCUUGAGACACAGUCAAAGUGGUACCUUCCUGCUUGGCAUGUUCUGGGCUGGCACAUUGGACUCUGGAAUUUAAUUGGCAGUGUUGGAUUUACUCUUUGUGCUGCACUAGGGCCAGCGAGUAGUCACUCUGGCGUGAAUUAUGAAUCAUCACUCGCUACAUUUUGGGGCUCGAUAGCCUUCACGAUAGGAUCUAUGAUCCAGUGGUAUGAGAGUUUGCAGAAACAUCCUGUUGAGAAGAAGUGA